AUGAGUACGCCAAGCUCGAGGUCUCUGAUGCAUCCAGAAGCCUACAUUGUACCUUGCUCUAAGUGUACUUGGGACAUUUUCCUGAGCCACAAGCAGUCGAAUGCACAAGAUGCCAUGCAAAGUCUUCGCAUGGCCCUCAGCGAGCGCAUGCCUUCCUCCAGCUUCUGGCUUGACAUUGAGCAGGAUCCCACGGUGCAGGGCAUGUGUCACGGUGUUAGCAAUUCAAAAAACUUCUUGCUGUUUCUGACCACGGGCGUGACAGAGAGCAAGUUUUGCAUGAUGGAGAUGCGGUGGGCAUUGCAAGCGCAGAAGAACAUCAUCUUGGUGUCUGAAACAGACGAGCGUCAUGGCAAACCAGAGUUAGGCGAGCUGAUCCAGAAAUGUCCGGGCGAUUUGAAGCAUGUCUUCGAGGAGCAUGUGAUCAUUCCAUGGUUCCGGGAUCCGGAAAUUCGAUCCGUGUGCGUCACGAAGAUCCUGAAGAAAUGUGUUUUCGAGGUGGAUGCCGAGAGAACUUCAAUAACCUCGAAGCUUCAACGGCCACUGAUGUUUAGCAACAAUGCAGAACUGAUGAGUCUGGCUUCCUCGGAAGAGCAGGCAGUACAAGUGAUCGACCAGAGCUUCGUGUUCUUCACCAGUUUUUGGGGAAUCGCUUUGCCUGGUGCCAGUACCUGCACCCGUCGCUUCGCGGUUUUUGUCACCUUCCUGGUCCUAGCCUGCGGGGCGGUUUGCUUCAGCCGCAUUUUUCAUCAGCAAGGUCCCAGCUGGUUGGAUGCCUGGACGUGGACGCAGAAUGUUGUGGCUCAUCCCGUGGUUUUCUUGCUUCUUCAGGUGAUGUUGUCCAUCUUGCGGUCUGAGUCUAUCCUCGACCUACUCGAAAAUCAUAUUGACUGCAACAGGUCGCAGGCCGCCAGCUUGCGCUUCAGAACGAAAAUCCUAUGCUGCGCUGUCUCGAUGCUGACACUUGCGAUGGCAGGAUUAACCUGUUGGGGAUUCUUACCAGGCUUUCUGCAUCCCGAUUACAUCGGGGCACUUGGAAAUGACCAGCCGGAUCAUCGUUUCGUCUACGGCAUCGUUCAUAGCUUCGCUUUUGUGGUGGUUUUGCCAAUCAUGUUUGGCAGUGGCUUCAGUGCCAUGGUGAUACUGAUGCUCAUCCAAGAGCUGUGCUUUAUGGCCUUCACAACGAACCUCCAGCGUCUCAAUCCAGACCUCAGCAAUGUGAAGCUAGACAGCACCUUUGCAUCUACAGCUGCUUUGAGCGUUGAAGAAGGAGACCUUGCCCGAUUCAAAAUUGGCUUUCUCAAGACAUGGCAGCUGCAAAAAAAGAUUCAUCGGCGGAUAGCCAUCCCGUACACAGUAUUCUGGGUUUGUCAACUGGCUGCCUUGCCUUGGUCAGUCAUCAGCUUGUCACAAGGCUUCGCCGCAGACUUCUCCGACGAAAGGCUGGAGAGGCUGCGCCAGCACCAGCACUUGCAGGUGCGCUUAUGGGCAAUCAUGCUGGUCAGCCCCUGGUUUGGCAUAGAAGGCUACAUUUUCGGCUUCUGGCCCUGGCUAAAUCUCUAUUAUCACCAGCGGUUCUUCAAUCUCACGAAGCAGAUGAUCUUUACCAAGAUGCAGGUUGAAACUGCGUUCCGCAGUUUCCUCCGUGACUUUGCACUGCACUUCAGCGCUUACGCUAUUCAUGCAACAGCUGCCAUGCUGCCGCUUUAUUUUUCAGUGCUUUUAGUGAACACGCUUGGCAAUGUCGCAGGCGGAGUUCGCGUUCUAAGGGCUCUUUGGGAACUGCGUACCUAG